AAAAGACUUCUCCCGUUAAAAACUUUUUAAAAUCAACCCAAAAUAUUUUCAAACUGCGGAAGAAACCCACCUCCCCUCUCCCACACACAUAUUCCGGAAUAAUUCAUUGGAUCUCUGAUUCAUAGUAUCCAUCUCUUCUUAUCUGUUGAGCUCUCUCUCUCUCUCUCUCUCUUCUCUGGUUCUUUCAUGGAAAGCAAGAACAACGUAGACAGCGGUGCCAAAGUUGGUUCCGAAGGUGCCAAGCCAAAUCUUACCAACCAUCAUGAAGACCCUAAUUAUGUGCAUGUUGAGGAACAAGAACAAGAACAAGAACAAGAAGUAGAGGUAGGCGGAUCCGACAUCGAGCAGGCUGCUCAGCCGCCGCGUCAGCCCCCUAGAACCCCCUUUACUAAUCUAAGUCAGGUCGAGGCUGACCUCGCUCUCGCACGUACCCUUCAGGAACAGGAAAGGGCAUUCAUGAUGCUCCAAAUGAACAAUGAAGGGAGUGAUUAUGGAAGUUGGGAAGGUGGAAGCUAUGCGUAUGAUGACGAGGACGAUUUUGAUGAUCCCCAUGAGGACACUGAUGGGGACGAUGAGGAGGGAUACGAUGGAACCAACCUUGAUGAUGAUGAGGAUGCUUUCGAUGUGCAUGCUCAUGAUGAGGCUGAAGAGGAAAACAACCCCAGUGUUGAAUUCGAUCCAGCUGUCUAUUCAAGUGACGAGGCCUAUGCAAGAGCCCUACAGGAUGCUGAAGACAUAGAAAUGGCUGCUAGACUGUUUGUGCUUGCAGGGUUAAAUGAUAGGGAAGCUGAGGACAUAGAGGAUCAUGGUGGUUACUCUCAGGACCCGUGGGAGGAGGUUGACCCCGACGAGUUUUCCUAUGAGGAAUUGAUUGCGCUUGGCGAAGUAGUUGGAACUGAGAGUAGAGGGCUUUCAGCUGAUACAAUUGCAUCUUUGCCUUCAGUAAAUUACAAAUCAGGAAGCAGUCAGAAUGGAAACAAUGAUUCGUGUGUCAUUUGUCGGUUGGACUAUGAGGAUGGUGAAACAUUGACAGUGCUUUCUUGCAAACAUUCUUACCAUUCUGAAUGCAUAAGCGAUUGGUUGAAAAUAAACAAGUACAAAGUCAAGGCAGGACUGGCUGAAAGGAGAGCCUUCUGGCUACGUUUGCUGCAUCCUGAAAACUAGGUGGCCUGCCAUUCUUUUGUUGUAUGGUAUUUGGGGUCUUUAUUCUGCAGUAUGUCAUCAAUACGAAAAAUUGCCUCAUUGGAGGUAACAUAGCCCACUCAUCUAGUGCACUAGUAUUGUUAGGUGUCAUUAAUCUCCUCGUAAUUAAGCUAAUACAGCAUUUUCACAUAGGAGUCUCACAGAUGUGGGUUCAACAUGGCCACACGUGAACUAGAGGGGUGUGGAAAUAACAAUUAUGAGUGUCAAAAUCAUUUACCUUUCCCUUAACAUAGAAGCUCCCCUCAGCAACUCAGGUUGCAAUGGAAUGUUUAAUUGCCUCUUUGGCAGGUCAAUGCUAUUGGAUGGAUUUUCUAAAUAUGCCAUGUUGGUUUAUUUUUCUUUUGUAUAUCAACUGACAUCCUUCCAUGACUUAUAGAUGAUUGUAAGGCCAUAUUCAUCAUGUGUGUGUGUCGAAAUCAUUUCCCUUACCCUUAACAUAGAAGCUCACCCUGGCAACUCAGGUUGCAAUGGAAUGUUUAAUUGCCUCGUCUUUGGCAGGUCGACGCUAAUGGAUGGAUUUUCUAAAUGUCAUUUUGGUUUAUUUUUCUUUUCUGUAUCUACUGACAUCCAUCCAUGACAUAUAGAUGAUUGUAAGGCCACCUUUAUCAUGUGUGUGUGUGAAGAAUCUCUUGAAAAUGAUGGCAUUGAUUGGGAAAAGUAAAGUUUUGCAAUAAGAAAAUUUUUAUAGUGUAAUUGCUGAAAAGCAAAGUAUUGCAAUAAGAAUAAUUUUAUAGUGUAAUUGCUCCCGAAGUGGUACUUAACCUUAAGAAGGUAUUGGAGGGUGAGGUUAUGUGAGGUUGUGAAUUCAACAUCCAAUGCUUACCAAUUAAAAGAAGAAAAUUCAGUUUAUAGAAUGUAGAGGCUAUUUACUCCUUUGAGUUAAUUUAUUUUCCAUUGAAGUACUCUUGAUUCCUAAUGCGUAGCACUAUUCAGAACAUGUGCUCUCUCUCUCUCUCUCUCUCUCUCUACCGUAAUAUUGAAGUUUUGUGCAAUAAGUCUUGAUAUCUUAAUAUAAUUUCGACUAUCACUUCGAUGUGGCCGAAAUGAAUGAUCUAAGUGCAAUAACUGUGUGUCUGCUACACCAUGACUUGCUCUUUGAACACUUGCUAUAAAAAAAUAAAAAUAAAAA